GCCAAUAGAACGAGGCUUGCGGAGGGCGGGCAGCGAUAUCCGCGGCGCGGCGGUAGCAGCACGGGCAGUGCGGCGGCGGCGGGCGGCGCGCAGGGCAGAGCAGCGGUAGCUCUUGCGGGCACCGGGACCCUCUGUGCGCGGUGCUUCUUGAGAGGCGGGGGCGAGGGGCCGCUGCCUGCCGGCCAUGUCGGGCCGGGGGAAGUCCGGCGGAAAGGCGCGGGCCAAGGCCAAGUCGCGCUCCUCGCGGGCCGGGCUGCAGUUCCCCGUGGGGCGGGUGCAUCGGCUGCUGCGGAAGGGUAACUACGCGGAGCGGGUGGGCGCCGGGGCGCCGGUGUACCUGGCGGCCGUGCUGGAGUACCUGUCGGCUGAGAUCCUGGAGCUGGCGGGCAACGCGGCUCGCGACAACAAGAAGACGCGCAUCAUCCCGCGGCACCUGCAGCUCGCCAUCCGCAACGACGAGGAGCUCAACAAGCUGCUGGGCGGCGUGACCAUCGCCCAGGGCGGUGUCCUGCCCAACAUCCAGGCCGUGCUACUGCCCAAGAAGACGCAGAGCUCAAAGAAGUGAGCGCCGCCCCCAUCCCCCAGCCCCUAGCUCCCUUUUCACCACUGCUUCACCUCUCCCCCAGUGGGGCUGGGGUUCCCCGUCCUGCCCCUCAGCCCGGGCUGGGUGGUGAGCCCUGGCAGCACCCCACCAGCCCCUCACUAGCUCCCCUGGCCUGGGCUGUGGCAGGGUGCUGCGUGAGCAUGAUUGAGGUCAAGCCCUGCUUGUGCCCCCACUCUGCCUGUCUGUCCUCUGGAAGAAGUGGUUUUGGAGGAGGCAGCUGGAUCACAGCUGUUGGCAGUGGUGACAUCUGGAGCCGUGUGGUUAGGUCAUGGUGCAGAGCUGCUGGUAGCUGCUGAGGAUUGUUAUAGCUGGCAAAGGGAUGGACACAGGCACCCCUGGCUGCCUCUCCCCUCUGCCAGCCCUGGGACUAUGCAGGGCCCCCCCCAGCUGGCCCUGCUUGCCGUGGUGUGUACUUGCUGCGGUCGUUCCCCUGCCUCCAUCCUCAGCAAUGCCAUCCUGGCCGCACUGCAGCUGUGAGGGCAAGGGGCUGGAAAAUGUGAAGAGGAGAAAAAGUUUCUCCAUUGGCAAGAAGUGGUUGUUAAUCUUAGUUUUGUUCAUGGUAAAACUAGUGCAUUGCCUACUGUAAAGAAGCUUUGCUCCUAUUUAUUUUAAGGUCUCUAAUUUUGGGUAUAUCCCUGUAAAGUCAUCUUGUAGCUCCCUGGCUUGGUGGUUGCUGGGGUACUCAUGUUCCCACAUGCUGUGGGUCCUGGUAGUGGGGUGAGGUGGAGGCUGCAGUGACAAAUCCCUUCGGAGAACGUCGCAAGGUCAGGUGCCCCCCGGGAGCAGGAGCUGCCAUCUUCUGCCAUGGCUCCUCUCCUCUCCCAGCUGCAGAAGCCCUUCAUCUCACUGAGAGCUACCCUGUACCCUGGAAAUGACAUACUCUGUCUCAUUUUUGUUUGUUUGUUCAGCACUAUUUCUGGCUUUGAGAAAUAAAGUGAUGAUGAUAUGUGUUAACUGUAA